CAAAUUAAAGUAUCUGCACAGCCUUGCUCUUUGUUUUUGUUCCCCCAAAUCGCAUCAUUAGACCCUUUCACUCUCGCUCCAGAACAACCAUGGCGAGUCAGAUCUUGUGUCGACUCUUCCCCAAAACCCUAACCUUAACUGUUAUCUACUCUCGCUCCCUCUCCACAGCCUCCUCACGCCGCGUCCUCCUUCCCCCUUCCUCCCGCUCCCUCUCAACUCGCGACGUCCUCCUUCCCCCUUCCUCCCGCUCUCUCUCUCAACUCAGGCCACCAUAGGACCUAGCCCUAACUGUUCCGCCCUUAAGAUGCGUAAUGGCUGCGAUUACUACCAGCACCUCGUUGUUAUGCAGGCACCACAUAUUGGCUUCUUCAGACGCCUCUUAAAAGGUGAACCCACCUGGGAGGAAUUCGUCCAUAGUUAUGUCAAAACACUGGCUGACCUCGUCGGAAGUGAAGAUGAAGCGAGGAUGAUGGUAUAUAAAAUUCACAUAAAUUCAACAAACACCGAAUAUGGAUUUGGGACACUUCUAUCCCAAGACAUUUUUCACAGAGUUGAAGCACUUCCCAGGGUUUUUACGAUACUUCCUGAUGAUCCCUCUCCGAAUAGUAAGAUUAUAGAUCAGAUGCCACUUCCUCGAUCAGUUAGGAAAUUUCGAUAGGGAUGCUAUUGCACGCCGAGUGUUUUAGAGACUCGCCUAACAUGGGAUACGUGGGAGGAGCUGGACAGAUGCUGCUUGAGAUUCUUGUGGGCUGUGGCCAAGGCACUAGGAUUUAUUUAUAUUAUGUUUACCAAUGAAUAAGAAUUUGUUGAUCUCUUGUGUUGUCUUGUUACUGUGUGUUAUAAUUAAUCUUGCAUGUCGUGCAAGUGUCUUGGUUUUAUUGUUUAGUAUAAACACUUUUAAGUGUCUAAGUUUAUCAAAAAUAUAAAUCUCACAC